UCUCCAACAAGGUCUUUGCUUUCUUUAUCUUAUACCUCUGAUUCUGACAACUGAAACUUCAGUAUUAUUGCAGAACCACCCAUGAAUUAGUUGAAGGGCUAGAAAUGAAAUUCCACUAUGGAAAAAGCAUUCCAGGGCAGCUAUACAUUAAUUGAUGAAAUAAAAAAUAGAUCAUAUAUGAGCUUGUGAUGGGGAUUAAUACCAGUUUCUGUUGGUGCUUCAUACUUGUGCUUCUUUGGUUCCAAAGCCAAGGGUGCUUAGAAGAAGAAAGAGCAGCUCUUCUCCAAAUCAAAGAUUCCAUGGGCAGCUACUUAUCGUCAGCUUUCUCAAACUGGUACGUAAAAGAAUGCUGCGAUUGGGAGGGAGUUGUGUGUGACCCUUCUCAUACUCGUAUUCAAAGGAUUUUCUUUCCCCAUUUGAGAAGUGAUGAUUCCGAACCUUGGUUUCCAAACGCUACUUUAUUUGCUGAGUUCAAAGAUUUGCAAGAACUUGAACUGCCAGGAAAUCAUAUCGGAGGAUUCAUCUCAAUUCAAGCUUUCAGAAAACUGAAACAUCUUCGAAAGUUGAAUCUCCGUGACAAUUCUAUACAAAAUGGCUCCAAUCUCUGGUGGGGGAAAUAUCUUUCUCUUUAUAACUUGGAUUUGUCUGGUAACAAGUUACAAGGCAAUUUUCCUGAUAGCUUGUGUGCCAACCUGUUUUUGAGAGAAUUGAUUUUGUCUCGUAACAAUCUCUUUGGAAGCAUCAAUUCAUGCUUGGGAAAUAUGAUCACACCCCGCUUGUUGGAUCUCUCUGAAAAUCAAUUCAAUGGCUCUUUUCCUUCGUUGCUAAUUAGCAACCUAACAAAUAUUGAGUCACUCGUUCUAUCAAGCAAUGAGUUUCAAGGCAUGAUUUCGCUGUGUGUUUUUGCCAAUUUGUCGAGGCUAAGUGAACUUGAUAUUUCUUUUAAUCACUUGGAAGUUGAAACUGAGAUGAUGUCACCAAGUUGUUCUCCAUCUUUCAGAUUAAGUACUCUGUCUUUAGGUGGUUGUAAUGUCAAGAAAAUUUAUCCUUGGAUGUUUCACAAUAUCACUUCAGAAUUAUGGCUAAGUAACAAUAACUUGACUGGUCCCUUCAUUAGCAAUUUUCAGAACAUAACCUCAAAGCUUACUAUUCUUGACAUUUCUGACAAUUUCUUACGUGGGACACUACCUGAAGAUAUCAACUUGAAUUUUUCAGAGCUGCGCCAUUUAGAUCUUUCCGGUAAUAGCUUCAAUGGAAACCUCCCCAUGUUCUUCAGUGACCAACUUCAGAUGUUGGACUUAUCAAACAAUCAGUUCCAAGGAGAAAUCCCCUAUAGCAUCAAAAGUAAUAUGAGUUGUCUUUUAUAUUUGGGGUUAUCCCAAAACAAUUUGACAGGUGAUUUGUUUCCAAAAAACUCGAGUUUGCCGAACCUAAGAUGGCUUCAUCUCAACAACAAUCGCUUGUCUGGAACAUUUCCAUAUGCCUUGUCGAAAAGCAUGAAGUUAAGAAUUAUUGACAUUCAGAAUAAUGAAUUAUCAGGUGAGCUUUCCUCAUACUUGCCUGUCCUCCCAAAGUUAAAUAUUCUAAUCCUCAGGGGGAACCAGUUUGAAGGACAAUUACCAGUGAAAAUUUGCCAAAUGAGGGAUUUGCAUCUUUUAGAUCUUUCAGAAAAUGAUCUUUCUGGUGACAUUCCCGACUGUGUUGACAAUGUUACUUCUUGGUUGGGUCGUUCAGAAACUGCUGUUGGUUAUCUUCCAGAUGGCUCUAGGAACGGCAUUGUUUUUACGACCAAAGGUAGGAGAUAUAUUUAUAAGGCUGUGGUGUUGUCAUUUCUAAUGGGAGUAGAUGUCUCUUGCAAUAGGCUAGCAGGUAAAAUUCCCAUCCAAAUGACACGAUUGAAGGGGAUUAGAAUUCUAAACGUGUCGAACAACCUUCUCACAGGUCAAAUACCUUCUUCCUUGGGAAACUUGGUAAAUCUAGAAAGCCUAGAUCUUUCACAUAACAAUAUCUUCGGUGUGUUACCCCAUGAAUUAGUUGGUCUUGGGCUUCUCGCAGCUUUUAACGUAUCAUUCAACAAUCUAUCAGGCAUGAUACCAAUAGAGCACCAAUUUGGGACAUUUGAAAGUGACAGUUAUUUAGGCAAUCCCGAUCUCUGUGGACACCCACUUCAAAUCAAAUGCAAUGGUAGUACAGAGACACCACCAAUUUACGCUAGAGCAGAGAAAUCUGUUUCAAUUAUGUAUUUUGCAGUUUUGAUAUGUCUUUUUUUCAUAGUUAUUUGUUUAGAAUAAGAACCAUAUAUGAUGAACUUAUCACUCAAGAGGAAGGAAAUGAUGUCA